AUGCAACUUGGUCAAGCUUAUGAGGCCAUGACCUUCGUCUAUGUUAUCGCAGUACCAGCAAUGUGGUCCGACAAAGCGCAAGCUGAACUACGGAAAUGCGCAAUGGCAGCUGGUAUGGGUGAACUUUCGGACAUUCGCAUAAUCUCUGAGCCCGAGACAAGGCUAUCUAUGCUCUUCGGGCAAAUGGUCCCAACGAUUUCCUGGUCAAUGACACAGUACUCCUUAGAUGCUGGAGGCGGCACGGUUGAUUUGAUUACUUUCACGAUCGAACAAGUUUCCUCAGCUCUGCGCCUCCGCGAGCCUGCGGCCGGCACGGGAGCAUAUUGUAGGAGUACGCUCCUGACCAGACGUUUCGAGGACUUCCUCCGAUCGAGAUUCGAGUCUUCUCCAUGUUGGGACACAAGCCAUGUCACGAUUGAAGCCUGGGCCAAGAGAAGAUUCACGGGCACAGAAACGAUGAAGUUCCAUUUUCCCGUUCCUGGGAUUGGUGAUGAUCAAGACCUCAAUGUUCACCGAGGCUUCUUCCUUGUCACUGUGGAGGAAAUUCUUAAUCUCGCAUUGAAGCAGAUAAAUUCCUCAAAAAGUCCUGUCAAGGCUGCACUCGUCGUUGGCGGAUUCGAACAGAAUUACUUUCUUCGUGAAUACCUCAAAGCGAACAUUCCAUCGGGCAUCGCCGUGGUCAGGGGUGCUCUGGCCGAAACACUCUCCGAGGUUUCAUCUUCAGCCCCUCAGGUUACCAUCUCAUCCCGUCUCGCUCAAAAGCACUAUGGGACUAUUCAAAGCGUCCCGUUUGACGCCGAAGUACAUGACAAAGAUAAAAUCUUAAAUUCACAGGGUGACGAACUCAACGAAACGAAGCCUAUCAUGACAAAUUGGGUCCAUCAUAGCCUUAAAUCAACCGGAAGGCCCAUGACUUCACAACAAAGUUUCUACGAAUACGACACAACAGAAGGUGUCGGGCCGCCUCUGUAUUUCCGAACCGGAAUGCGACGCCACGCUACACUGAAUGCCAAGCUUGAUGCAAAGGUCCGCAAAGGUAUUCCUAUCAAACAUGGCGCAGAUGGCGAGGACUAUUAUGCUAUGGAGUAUGAUUUGCAUGCUCAUUACUUCUCCGCGCAUUGUGAGGUCUCGUUCUGGUUCGAGGACAAGCACCCAAGGUAG